AUGUCCGCCAACGAUAAUGCCGCCUCGCCUCUCGCGGGCGAUGGAGUGAGCAAGCGCAAACAGGGUUCUGCAGCUUGCAUUCACUGUCACCGGCGUAAAGUUCGCUGUGAUGCCAGAGUCAUCGGACUUCCUUGUACUAAUUGUCGCACUUCUGGAAAGACCGAUUGUCGCAUACACGAGAAGAAAAAACGCUUCGCGGUGCGCUCAAUCCUCGAUCCUGUACCUAUCCGGUCUCGGCCUUUACCGCUAUCUGAUCAUGCUGUCAACCCUCCAUCUUCAGGGGGCUCACCCAUGCCGCCAAGCUUUCCAACGGCUUUUACGGGUGGCCCCGCAUCGACUCCUCUAGCAAGCAAUCCCCCACAACAGAACUUCCUAUCCAAUGUCCAAGAACCAUUCUCACGCCAAGGCCCGGAUAUGUCGCAUGCCCAUGAUGCACAUGCAGAUAUGGAGCAACACCUCGUGAAAUUGAUAGAUGAGGAAGAGCAUGGUAGACGAGAGAUCCAAAGAGGCGUCCGCGCAUUCUAUGUUGGCCAUGAACACUCCAAUAUGUCCUUUUUGAUUCGCCAGCAACGCGACCAGGACGAUGACGUGUAUCAUUUCGCCAGUAACGAAAUCCCCCGCCGACAAAUUAAAACCGGCCAUGAUCAGCUUCUUAUGGAUGCGCUGACACUCCCUGAGCCGGCCUUGGCGGAUGAGCUUGUGCAAGCAUACUUCACAUACGUCAACCCAGGGUAUCCGCUUAUCGAUGAGGAUCUUUUCAUGACACAGUACCGCAAUCGCGACCCUGCGGAUCCUCCGCCAAUUCUGUUGCUUCAAGCAAUCUUGUUAGUGGGUGCACAUGUUACUCGCCAGAAAGCAGAGCGAGAUACACUGAAAGAAAUAUUUUUUCGUCGCACUAAAUACCUUUUCGACAAUCGCAUCGAGCGAAAUAGGGAUAUCCUUGUUCAAACGGCCUUGCUAUUGACAUGGCACUCCGAUAGUGCCGAUGACGAUGUCUCCGCAGACGCUCAUUUUUGGGUUGGUGUUGCUGCACGAAUUGCCACGGGACUUGGGAUGCAUCGCAACCCAGUCUCUGGUCGUUUUGUUACCCGAGACAGACGAAUGUGGAGACGAGUUUGGUUCAUCAUGGUACAGUUUGAUGUGAUGGUCUCCCUUUCGUUUGGCCGCCCACAAGCAAUAAACCUGGAUGACUCUGACGUAUCUCCACUGACUCAUGCUGACUUUGAGGACUGUGGUGCCCAUGUACAAGCCGAAUUUGUCAUUCACUUCACAGAGCUUUGUACCAUGAUUUCAUAUCUUAUUCGUGAUCGAUUCGGACUUCGAGCGAAUGAUGAACGACGAAAAGCCGUCCUCCAAGAAGCCGACGAAUCAUUAGCCAGUUGGUCUUUGAAACUUCCAGAUAACCUACGUCUUCGAGCAUCCGAUAUGGAUCCAUGGUCUGCCAUGCUACACCUGACCUACAAUAAUUUUCUCAUCCUCUUGCACCGACCCCAUCCACGAGCAUCGGCAUAUUCUGACGACUACGGCCCUCACGAUGCGGAAAUCUGCAGUGCUGCUGCUGGAGUUAUUGCAUCCAUCUUUGAAGAGCUCAGGAUCAAUGACCGGUUAAAAUUCCUAUGGUACACCGGUGUCCAUACUCUAUUCACCGCCAUGAUCCAAGUUAGGGUUGAACUGCGAUUCUCUAACCCGGUCCUUGCCAUAAACGCCCUGCGUCGCUUUGACUCAGCAUCUUACUCUCUGCGAGAGUUGGCUCAAUACUGGGUCCAUGCGAGAACAAUUCUGCGCCUCUUUGAAGACUCAAAGCGUCUCCAAGAAGAUCUACGCAUUGCAACCAGUGAUCGCUCCAAACCAUUCAACGUCACUCAACCUCCCAGUAAGAUGCAAAUUACUUCUCCUGAGGUCACGGCUGCCUCCAUCGCAGCACAUACACCAGGACCACUAUCCUUUGGUGUCCCUACUCCCGAAUCUACCCCAAUGCAACAUACAACAAUAUCUCCGCAACCGACCCCGCAAUUUGACAAUUGGAUCACAGCACCUCUUAGACUUAAUGUUGGCCCAAUGGAAAGACAAGAUAAUUAUUCUAGCAACAUGCAAGUCGAUGACCAAAUGGACACGCAUCGCGACUAUCCAGACUGGAGACAACUCUUUGCAUACACUGAAUCGGACUUAGCGGUGCCCAUGGCCGGCGAAGGACUGUUUGAACUGGAAGAUGAAUGGCGGCAAAUCUAUUGGCAAGACACACCACUAGCCGAUCUGUUUCAGGAAGGAUGGGUUCCCGGUUAG